AUGGCUACUACAAAAGCCCCGCCACACACUUCUCGCCGUGGUCCGGGUCGGCCUCGGGGAUCAAAGGAGAAAGGUCGGAAGCCGUGGGCUCGCAGCAAGGCUACCAAGGCCGGCAAGAAGGACAAGGCCAAGAAGAAGGGGCAGGAGGUCGAGGCCGGUGAAACGAAAAAGGCUGGUAUGGAGAAGAGGGCCGGGGAUGGGAUGAAAUUACACACAUACGUCAAGCCCACCAUGGCUCCAAAGGCCACGCCGCCCAUCGAGACCACUGAGUUCAAUGAGACCUCCGAGCCCACCGAGCCCAUUGAGGCAGACAGCAGCAGCGGCGAUAACGACUCCGCUCUACUCACCCGCACCCGCCGCCGGCAAACGCCAGCCGAAUACUUCGAAAGCAUGCGUCAGAGGGGCCCCAGACAACCGACCGACGGAAGCGGACCCGUCCCGCGCUUCGGCGCGUUCUUCAGGAUCUUCAGUCCGAACACCCAGGCCGAGAUGCGAGAGGCCGGCUCCGAAUGGAACUGGUCCAUUAAUCGGGCCGAGGUUCGGACCCGCGCUACGAGAGGUUUCAUGGAGCGGACUGGGCUCAGGGAAUUCGUCAUGCGGGACGAUUUAGACGACGUUAGUUGGGAGGAGUUCACGGCUCGACGACGGGAGCGGGGGCGGGUGCGGGAUUGA